GGGCGGUUUCUAGACUCUGCCACCUCUGUCCUCGCUACCCUGGCAGCCAUCGCAGAGGCCUCUGGCCCCAUUUCCAGUGCCAACCAAAUUCCUGCUGUCUCGGGAGAAAUUGUGGAAACUCUACCAGCCGACGCUUCCCUCCGGCAGGCGGUCGGUAGCGGCCAGCACGUCCUCACACUUGUGACGGAGGGCGUCCCUCUGGGUCAUCUGCCGGCCGCUCACCUGGGGCAACAGUUCAUUGUAAUGAUGCAGAAGGAGCAGGAAGUUCUGAUUGUGCCUGCUGGUCAGGAGGCGGGAGGACCCCUCCUCAAGACCCCGAGCGAGAAUAACCACCUGGGCGAAGCAGAGAAGCCGCCCGCCAAGAAAGUCAAAAUGAAACCAGCGGGGGAUGGAAAGGAGGAGGAAGGGAGAGAGGAUGGCCACGCCAAAGAAGCUUUGCAAGAGCAGCUCCGGGAGGCCGAUCACCAAGCGGCAGAAUACCGAAGCCGGCUGCUGAAGAAGGAGCAAGAAGCUGACCUCCACCAGCAGAAGCCGGUAACCAUGAGCCAGCAGGAGGCCAGCACGGGAGAAGGGCCUUCCCAGGAGGAGCUCAGGGGGGCUGACACCCUCGAGGUGUCUUCGGGAGAAAUGGGGGGCUCCAGGCAGCUCCUGGCCAACACAGCCACCGAGACGGUCACUUCUUAACCCCCAGGGCGUUGUUUUGCCACGCUUGAGAGAAAAGGCAACCAAAGUUUUGCCCUAGGAAAACUGGACAUGGGGGGAUAUGCCAGCAGGUUCUGGAGGCUGCCCCCUCCCCAACCCCAUAAUGGGCUCAUUCUGGGGGUUUGAAGCCCCCAGGCGUCUCUAUUCUGUUCAAGGACCCCAGAGUCCCCUUAGUAAGAUCCUCUUGCAGGCCCUGUCUUGGGAAAGGCCCUGUGUCUUGGGGCCGUCCCGGAGUGCAGGAAGAGGGAGAAAAGCCCAGGAAAGACCCCCUAAAUCAGUUGAGAGCCAAGAGCAGCCACAGGGAUCUGGCCAGUCCAGACAGAGCCAGAAAUGUUGUCCAGAGGCCACAUUCUUACAGUGCUCAAAGGGAGAAGGGCUCCACUAGCCCCCACCCUAAAUGACACAUCUACCCCAAAUCCUAAAAAAAGCUUGCAAAAUUGCAAAAGGAGGGGAUCUCAGGACGGCCCCCCUGCUUGCAAAUGGCCCUCAGCUUAAGCCGUCAUGCUGUUGUGUUAGACAGACCACUCUUCUCAACAAACCCUGUUUGCUGGCUUAUAGGAACGUGGCGUUUGUGGCCUUCCCACUGCUCCGUUGACUGAGUUAAGAAGGGCUGGGCCAUCGUGGUGCAGCCACAUCUGAAGAACCCAACCCCAGUGUAGAGGGGCACAUCUGACUCAGGGUUUGGCAGCUUUUAAGACCUGUGGGUUGAAUCGUGGGGGAUUCUGGGAGUUGAAGUCCAGACCGGGAUCUUUGCACACGUCCAAGGCCGCCCAGUUAGGAUUGUGAGUGUGCCAGCAGGGAGGGAGGGCGUCUGAAGUCGCAAGGCAGCCGCUGUGGAAAACCAGCCGUUUUGUUUUUGAAGCAGGCGUUAUUCUCCAAAGAGACCCCUGUCCACCUUUGCACGAAGGGCUCCGAAUGAAAAGUAGUGCCUUAUGGGUCCUUAACGGGGCAGGACUCGCAAGGGGUGCGUUUCCCCACAAUGCCAGCCGCGAGUGUCGCCCGCCUCUUUUAGGUCAAGUAAAAGAUUCCCUGGGCAUCCGAUAAAUUCUGCUUUUCAAACGGCUUUACGUACAGGGGUGUUUUGUUUAGGAAACGCAAAGGCCCU